CUUCAAUUCCAUCAUCGGCUAGUGCUUCCUCCGGCAAACAUAUUGUUUCGCAAUCAAUUUCCACGGAAACCCAACCCUAAUCUCUGUCUCUGCCACCGCUCCAGUUGGGUCCUCCGGCCAACCCACCUCGCCGGUUCUGUGCUCUUCGUCGCUAUCAGAUUCAAUUUCAAGCAAUUGUUUUCAGAUGCUUGCAUUGAGAUGUUUUCCUCCUGUCAUUAGAGGUCUUGAAUUAGUCAAAAUUUCUUGGAGUACCUCAACAACAACAAGAACAAGUAGCAGAAGCAGUGUAGUGGUAUGUGCUGCAAAAGGCCCCAGGCCAAGAUAUGCUCGAGUAUGGAAAACCAACAAAAGGAUUGGGACCGUUUCUAAAUCGGCAAAACUUGUUAAGAGUAUUAAGGAAGUGUCAAAUGUCAAAGAGGAAGUUUACGGGGCUCUCGAUUCCUUUAUCGCUUGGGAAUUAGAAUUUCCUUUGAUUACAGUGAAGAAGGCAAUUAAGAUCCUUGAGGAUCAAAAAGAAUGGAAGAGAAUAAUUCAGAUGUCAAAGUGGAUGUUAAGCAAAGGUCAAGGAAGAACAAUGGGAACCUAUUUCAGACUGUUGAAUGCUUUAGCAGAGGAUGGGAGACUUGAAGAGGCUGAGGAGCUUUGGGCAAAAUUAUUUUCAGAGAACUUGGAAAGCACACCUCGAAUGUUCUUUAACAAAAUGCUUGCUAUCUAUUACCACAGGGGAUUACAUGACAAGAUGUUUGAGAUAUUUGCUGACAUGGAGGAGCUUGGCAUUCGACCAAAUGUUGCCAUUGUUUCGAUGAUGGGAAAAGUCUUUCAGCAGCUAGGUAUGUUGGACAAAUAUGAUAAAUUAAACAGGAAAUAUCCACCACCUAAAUGGCAGUACCGAUAUAUCCGAGGAAGACGAGUCAAGAUUCAAGCAAAAGAUUUUCAUAAAUAUGAUGAUGACGCUGAUCAAGAUUUAAGUGACGACGAGAACUCUAUCCAUGAUGAAAUAAACGAAUCAAGUGCAGAUGAACAUGGUGAUGUACUAGAACCUGAGGAUGUAAACGUUGACUCAAGUGAUAUGUUAGAGGAAACUGAAACAAGGACCAAUGAAACUUUGAAUUCCUAAGAUUUACUUAAGCCAUUCAGAUCUUGUUUAGAGUGGAGGUUGUGCAAGGCAACAAAGUUCAUUUUAUCAUGUUGGACAUAUGGCGGGGUAGAUAAAAGAAAUUGCAGUUUUCAUAAUUUCUGUAUCUUAUGGAAAAGGAUAUAUUUGAUUAAGAGUAAUGAUAUAUGUACUAACAAAUUACACACAUUAACAUGAUA